AUGCCAUUGUCAACUGGAGAUGUGCCCUAUCAGAAGAAAGCUGGAUUCGGGAGACUUAUCAACUCUCUUGGAGGUAGAGCACGCGAAAAUAGUAUUCCAAAGAGCGCUGGGUACAGUAAGUUGGUUAAUAUUAUGUUGUUUCGCCUUUUUAGAUUUAACUUUAACUUUAGAAAAGUUUUUGGGUCGCUUUGACUAUUUUACAUGUGGUUUUACAUUGAUUAAAGCCAAUUUUUAACUAUUUUGUUACCUAAUUUUAAUAAAUCUGCUUGAAACCUCAAAAUGUUGUAACACAAAGUAAUUUUAAAUAAUAAUGUUACUCUAUUGAAGUGUAAUAUUUUUAGCUCGAAAUAGAAACUUUUUCGACACAUCUGACAAAGUUGCCAAAGGAACAACCGAUCCAACGGAUGUGAUUCGUCGUGGAGAACAAUUCAACCUCCAGAAGAAGAUAGAUGAACUCAGUGUUAUGGUUAUUGGAGCUAAGAAUGAGAAGAAACCUAUGGUGUAUGUUUUCGAAGUAUUAUUUUUUCGAAAAAAAUGUGGUUGAGAGUAGAAAGUUCAGUUUUUUGUGGGUAAUGCCAAUAAAUUACGAGAAAAGACAAUAUAAAUCAUGUAAUUUUUUGUUUUUCAAUGAGUUUUAGGUAACUUUUGUUCGUUUUCGACAAAUUAUAAUAUUUUUUGAUUUUAAAUUUUGUUUUCAGAGCCUUUAGAGACAUUGUAACAAACGAAAACUUCCUCAAAAACCUCGAGAACACUUACCGUGACGGUCCUACUGUUAUUCAAAGUUAUGCCAUUCCAUAUAUAAUUGAUGACGAUUCCGGAGACAUUUUGCUACGUUCUCAUACUGGAUCAGGGAAGACUGCGGCCUAUCUGGUUCCAAUCAUCAUGAACAUCAUGAAGUUGAAGAAGGAGAAGUCAGAAACUGGUGUCAGGUUUAGUCCAUAUGCGGUAAUUUUAGUUCCGACGAAAGAACUGGCUAUUCAGGUGGCUAAAGAAGGUGCUAGGAUUGCUAAGGGGACUUCAGUGAAGAUAUCCUUCUUGAUUGGAUCGAUUUGCUUGUCGGAUUGUAGGAUUAACAUGGAAAAGAACGGGUGUGAUAUUGUAGUAGGUACUAUUGGAAAAGUUCAUCAAUUUUUUGUUGGGAAUGAGAGCUCGUUUGAUCAAAAAGAGGUAAGUGAAUGUUUAUUGAAAUGUUGAGAAGAGGUAGGGACAUAGUUUUUGUUGGCUAGUAAAAUAAUUUUAAAUUUAAUUUUAGCCGUUUCUAAGGCCGGACAACAUGAAAUAUAUGGUUUUGGAUGAAUCUGAUCGUUUGUUGGAUAAUGACGAAGCAGCAAAAUUGAUUGAAGGUAUUAGGAAUGUUCUUGUAAGCUUAUUUUACAUAAGAAAUCUUUUAAGAAUUUAAAAACUAUUAUUAAGCUUACAUUUGUAAUUUUAUUAAGUAAUUGAUAACUGUAUGUCUGGCAUGUUAUUUUUUUUUUGUUUUAGAGCCUAAAUUCAACUUAUCAAGUGAUUAUGAACAGUGCUACCUUAAAUCUUAACGUGUACGACGAAAGGUUUCUCUUUUUGCCUAUGGCUAUUACUGUUGGUUCGAAUAUGCCAGUGGAUACUGUAGUUCAACGGUUUGUUAACGUGGUAAGUUUAUUAUUAAUACAAACUGUUUUAUGUUAUUAGUUAAGUUCUAUGUUAUAUAUUAUACUUCAUAUUGAGAUUGUUUUAAUUUGCGUAAUUAACAUUUUUCAGUGCGGCCACGUCCCAGCCAACGUUCCUAAUGAGCAUCGUUUAGUGCAGCCAGGAAUGACCUGGAAGUCUCACAAGAUUGACUUUUUAAUAAAACUGUUCAAAGACUACCGUACACGCUACACUCAAUUCCCCAAAUGCAUUGUUUUUGUGAAUACGAAACGGAAAUCAGAAGUUGUGGCAGCUCGACUGAUCAAAGAAGGCUUCAAAGCUUUGUCCAUGAAUGGCAAUAACUCGUUGAUCCAACGCCAGAGUACUGUGAAUGCGCUGAAAAUGGACAAAGUGGAUAUUAUAGUAGGCACGGACGUAAUAUCGAGAGGGUUGAACGUCCCUAACGUGGAUGUGGUUGUAAAUUACGACUUGCCUGUAAUGAGAAUGGAAGAAUAUGUUCAUAGGAUUGGGCGUACUGGACGUAUGGGUAACAUUGGAAGAGCUAUUUCGUUUUACGAUCCAAUGACGGAUUUUAUGAUGGCUACUAUGGUGGAGAAGGUAAUUUUCAUAUCCUCUUGCAGACUGCUGGUUUAAAUACCUUACAUUGAAUUGAUGCCUUUCAGAUUAUGAUGAGUACAGAUCAACAAGUACCAGAAUUUUUGGAACAAACUAUUGCUGCUGAUUGUGACACGUUCCUAAACCAAGCCAUGUACACGGGAUUUGAGGGUUAUACUGGGUUCUACGUCAAGGAAGACAUUCCAGCUUGGGUUCCGAUUGCUGACGACGCGGUAGUCGAAUUUAUUUGA